AUGCGUAUUAUUGCGAGCGUUGAUUCGGAAAUUGGACUCGAAAGGAGCGCACGAGCAAAAAGGCGCGCCAAGGCUUCAUCCCGUCGCGCUCUCGGCGUUCGGCCAAUGACGCCGCUGGGCCCGCCCAGGAGCGGGUCGCCGCUUCUUGCGAUCCUUCUUGUACUCUGCACUGGUGCCACGGAGUGUCGCCGGCCAGAGCCUUACUACGGGCGAAUAAUCGGACGACUGACGCAAUACGCCCACGGCAUCCGUGGGACCGCUUACGCAGUUGACGAGAACACGGUCUUUAUACGAGGCUUCGCGUACGAUGGAACCGGACCUGAUGCCUACUUUUGGAUAGGGGAUACCCCCCAACCGUCACCCGAAGGCAUACUGGUGCCCUACCCCGAGGAUUAUCCUAGCAGAGACCCGCCAGUUUUAUCUGCACACAGCAACUCGGAUAUCCUUCUUAGGCUGCCCGGAGGAAAACGCCUCAGGGACAUCAAGUGGAUUAGCGUUUGGUGUAGGAGGUUUACCUUUUUUACAAAAAAGAAGCCAUAUAAAAAUAUAUGCAUAGGUCAAUUUCGGAGAUGUCUUUGUCCCCCCCCGGCCUGGACCCCCCCGAGGCCACGGGUGCUGCCAGAAUUCAAAAGGCUAGCACACGGCCUGCGGUCUGGUAACAUCAGCGUGCUGGACGCAAAAACUUUCUACAUACCAAACUUACAUUAUGAUGGCGCCGGUCCCGACGCCUACUUCUGGGUCGGAAACGGAAGCGAGCCUAGUCCUUUUGGGACUAAAGUGCCCAAUGAGAUGGGUUCCUCGAACCCCCUCCGGGGCUACCAAGGCGAGGACAUAGAGAUCCAACUUCCCGGUAAGCUGACGGCAUACGACAUAGAUUGGCUCGCAGUCUGGUGCGUCGAGUAUAGACAUAAUUUUGGACACGUUUACAUUCCUAAGGAUCUGGAUGUGCCGCCAGCGCUGGGACAGACCAAAAUCACUACUAGCUCAACCACGUCUCAAACACCGUUUAGUUCCUCAAAUAAUUGUAAGGAAAUUCUCGAUAAAAGACUGCAAGUGCGAUGGGAAAUACAGGGUGACCAAGUUCAGAUAACGUUGGCCGCUCGCCUCCGCAAGGAACAGUACAUGGCGUUCGGUAUUUCCGGCGCAGAAGGCAGGCCGGCGAUGCUCGGCGCCGAUGUCGCCGUGGCCUAUUGGGACAACAGGUCAAACCAGCCUCGAGUGGCGGACUACACGAUCACGCACCUCGCGCAAUGCGACGGAGAGAGAGGAGUCUGUCCUGACGGCAGGCUCAGCGGAAGCAAUGACGUAGUUCUCGUAUCUGGUCAGCAAAAAGACGGUGUAACCACGAUCACGUACCGGCGCCCUCUAGCUGCGCGGGAGCCGAUGAAGGACAAAGAAGUGUUGACGUCAAGGUCUCAGUCGGUCAUCGCCGCUUUCGGUCCCCUUAACUCCAGAUAUGAAGCCAACGCCCAUUCUUUUAUGGACACCACUAGAAGCGACGUGCAGUUGGACUUUGGAGCUAUGAACGACAACACGUGCAUCGGUCUCGCGGAAUUGGAUGCGAGCGGUCCAGCGCCCUGGCCCGCCAGGGUCAUCGCAGGUGUCACUAACUUUACAGCGAGGAUCGGCCCUGCGGGAGGAAACAGGGGAUACACGCCAAUCACUGGACACCCUUCCUGGGGAAUCGCGUGGUACGUCAACGACCAGCUCAUCCCGGAAAUUUAUGUGGAGCGCGGGAAGUCGUACACCUUUUUCGUUGAAGGAGGCGACGACAGGACUAAUCCGGCGAAGUUCCAUCCGUUCUACAUCAGCGAUUCUUCAGAAGGAGGCUUCGGCCAGAAAAGGGAAGAGGACCAGAGGAAACAGCGAGUGUUUGCGGGAGUGGCUUACGAUAACGAGGGCUAUCCUUACCCCACGGCAGUGGGUCGAUACUGUGAAUGGACGCACAAGACCACGGACCAAUCGGCCACGUCAGAGACCUUCGAGGAGUACGUGCAAACACUUCAGCUGGAAUGCAACGAGGGGGAACCUGCUGUACUGGAAUGGACCGUCGCUCUGGAGACCCCCGAUUUACUCUAUUACCAGUGUUAUACGCACAAUAACUUAGGCUGGAAGAUCCACGUAGUAGAUCCCGGCACGCCGAUACCUCUCCCGGGCCAAACGGGCGCUGGCUCAAAUUUUGCGCCAAAACCGCUGUCAGUUGUCGCGGCAAUUCUUACCGCUGUCACUUACGCACAGAUGAGAUAG